AUGGAUGACGUCCUGACGACCCAGUUUGAAAGAGUGGAAAAGGCCUUGAGCUCACUGGUCGAGUCGAUAGCCACCUACAACCCUUCCCCACAGGCUGCCCUCGACCUGGUAGCCGCUGAUGACCAUCUUGCGCAUGGGCUGGAUCAGCGUACGUGUCAUUGGAAUUCCUUGCGUGGACCUUUCAUUUACAAUAGCACAGUGGCCAGACACCAGGCCAAUCAUGCUCGCAUUCAACUGCUGCGUGCCGAAGCGGAAGGCCUCGAAGAACAGCUAAAGUCCUCGGUCGAGAAGCUUGCGACCUUGCGCCACGACCUCUUCGACACACCAGCCACCAUCUUCCCAGAGCACUCACGCCCUGUGCCCUUCGACGAACUCCUCCAAUACGCUAGCAACAUCUCGAAGCAUACUGUACCGCCAACUUAUCGCGAACGCGUCCCCGGCCCGGCUGGAAACCAGGACAAAGACAGGGAAGAGGCCAACUCAAGUGGUGCUUUGACAAAUGGUGUGAAUACACCGGCGAUCCAGCCAGAGGUACCCGAGACCGCAGUAGCUCUUAUAGAGGGCCAGAAAAACGACGAGUCUGCUGCAGGCGCCGCGCCGGAGAUUACAGAAGAAGAAGCAGAGUGGUUGAAGAAACUCAACCAAAGCCAGUUGUCUUGGUACCCUUGGCCGAGCAACGACAAAAUUCGCCAGAGUAGCCUUUACAAAAUCCAAGCCUUUCGCGAGCAAAAUUAUGAUCUCAACACAUUCAGCAUACCGGCCCAUGAAGAGGCCAAGAGAUUGAAGAGGCUGAAGAGGCUGCAGCAAGCACUCGGCCAAGGCUCACCCGAACCUCAGGCUGAGGAAGUGCAGCCAGGCAUCGAAGCUGUUCAGACAAUCAGAAGACCGGUGGCACAACCUACGAACAUAUUCGAUGACAUGGAUGAUGAUUAG